GUAGCGCCGAUCGAGAGAGCCUUACUCCGGAUGCAGCAGCGUGGAAACUCCUCCCCUUCCCGGGUAGCUAUCCCUGGCAGGCGGGUUGCGGGACUUGCUGCGUGUCCGGCCAUGGCUCUGGAGGCUCGCUGGUGCUAUCGGGGGGACCCCCAGGAAGGGCAAAGCGCCCCGCUCGUUCAGUUUACGAAUGGGAAACUGAGGAGUAGUGACAACAUGAACUUCACCUUGUACAAGAGCCAAGAUGACACUAACCCGAGAAAGAAGCACAAAAGGAUUUUGAAUGCAGAGACCGACAGGCUUUCGUAUGUAGGAAAUAAUUUUGGCCCAGGAUCCCUGAAAUGCAACAACCUUUGCCGAUACUUUGUCGGAGUGCUUGACAAGGACUCUGGAGAAAUGGAAGUCUACAAUGCAGAGUCAUUCCACAUGCAGCCGUUGGUUUCAGCAGAUGCACCAGAUGAAGUCCUGUCAGAAUAUUUGAACAAAACCUACAGAGAGAAGGUGGAUUUGUGCGUCGAGGCUUUCGGGACCAGCAAGCAGAGGAGAGCUCUGAGCUCACGAAGGAUGAAUGAAGUCCGGAAGGAGGUGCUGAACCACGCUGUGACUAAUGCUGCCGGAGACAUUAUCGAGACCAAGGGCGUGGCCGCCGUCAUCAGUGAUGCUACCGAAGAUGACAAAGGGGACAUCUCCUUGAUCCUUCCUCCAUGCCAUCAAGAUGCAGAACGGGUAGAAGAUGUCUACAAGCUUGAUGACCUUAUUUCGCCUGCCGAAUUCAAGGCUCUAAAAGGUCCAGCUGCAGCUUUUGUGAACAUAACCUCGGAAGAGAUCCUGAAGCUGACGGCAGAGAAGAGUUACUGUUCCUUCGUGUUGGAUGAACUGAGGUGCCUGCCCACGGAUAAGAAGGCGCGUGAUCACAAGGCCCGGUGCCUCUGGUUUCUCGACUGCCUCGUCAAGCUGAGCUUCCAAAGAUCAGUUAAGAAGAAACAGACAAUGGGGCCUGACUGCCCAGAUAUCAUCAGCAGCAAUCUUGUGAAAAACUUCACUGCACUCUCCUACAGCAACGGAAGGAUUCAAAAUCUAGUUUCUGCAUCCAUGAAAGCGAAGAUAACUGCGUAUGCCAUAGCCCUGGCCUUGCAUAUCAACGGCUUCCAAACAGACCUGACAGUCUUGCAAAGGGACCUGAAAUUGCGGGAGAGCAGAAUUCUUGACAUUGCCAAGACCAUGAGGCUAAAGAUCUCCAAGAGCAAAAGCCUGUCUGGAUGUGAGGACCACAAACUGGGCACGGUCUGCCUGCCCUUACCUGUCUACAAAAUGCCAGUGGGCCGGAGGAAACGCAAGAAGAAUUAAAUAUCCAUGGAGGCUUCAUGAGAAUUGAUGGCCUUCAUUGUACGGAGUGGGAGAUGCUAGAAGAAUGGGUUGAUCUCCUGAUUUUAUGCCUCUACCUCAGAAGCCACUGAUUUUGUACCUCUGCUGCUUGUUUUUCAUGGUUUAUGCAGGCUAUUGCCAACCGUGGGAAAAGGACUAGGUGGAUGUUUGCUCUUGGGGAAGGAGCAGACUGCUCAUGGGGCAGAUUAACAGCAGGGAACCAGCAUACAAAUUCCUCACGUUACCAUGUUUAACUGCUGGUGGGGGCAGCUAGGGGGUUUGCGCAAAUGUUUGUUUUUGUUAUCUGUAAAAUAGAUUUGAAAGAUUAUUUCCCUCCUCAA